AGUCUCCUACACUCGUUUUGAAGAAGUACAGUGAGUUUUAUUUUACAUUUUUAACUUAUUUCUUACCUAAAUAGUCUGCCAUGCAUCAUAACUCACCUCUUUUGGCAUAACAUGUUUUGUACUCGUUUUGAAGAAGUCCAGUGAUUGAUAUUCUCUAUUUUAGUUUUAUUUUGCAUUUUUAUCUUAUUUUAUCUUAUUUUUUUUACCUAUAUAGUCUGCCAUGCAUCCUAACCCACCUCUUUUGGCAUCACAUUUUACUCGUUUUGAAAAAGUCCAGUGAGGGAUAUUUUCUAUUUCUAUCUUAUUCUAGUCUACAUUCUGCUAUCCUAACCCGCCGAAUCUUAGCAAACAAGUUCUAUGUCUUUAUUCUGUCGUAAUCUUUUCUUAUCCUAUUGUCGGUGUUCUUAUGGAAUCCAAACCCUUCUUGUAGCUAUUUCAGUUCAUAUGUUGCAUCGUCCUAAUCCUACUUGCCGUAUCAUGUUCUUUUUGUUUUAUUUUAACCGUUUUAUAAGAUUUGAGUGUGUGUGUGUGUGUGUGUGUGUGUGUGUGUGUGUGUGUGUGUGUGUGUGUGUGUGUGUGUGUGUGUGUGUGUGUGUGUGUGUGUGUUCGCUCGCGCCCAAGACAAAUUACCCAACUACCUAACUAAACAAAUUACGAGCUGGCAACAUAAACUAAGACUACGUGUGUGUGUGUGUGUGUGUGUGUGUGUGUGUGUACCUACCACCUACACACCUGCAGAAUCACCCACUCUCACCCACCCACCCACCAGCCUUUCCUCACUACAUCCCACCUCGUCCCUGCGCGCCAAAACGCUCUCGACACCGGGACACAACGGGCGGCGGAGUAGACAGACAGAUCACCACCACCUACAAGCGGACCCCGAUACCCCGACCCCCAGCUCUGCAUCGCACAGGCCCGGGCGGAACGCAUUUUGAAGAUUGCAGCGUUAUUACUUAAGCGAGUGCGGUACUUAAGCUCAGGGGGGGGUGUUUGUAUACCGGGGGAAGGGGGCGCAAGGGGUGAGGGAGGGGGUGACAAACGGGGUCGAAUGAGGGGGCGGGGCUCGCAACGUCACUGACUGAACUCGGCAACUCGCUCCCGCGGCCGCUUAGUGUAGCUUCGGCGGUUGUAGUGUGAGGAGGGUCUACGUGUGCUCCUCCCCCGCGGGCGUGUGUGUGUAUGUGACUACUGUAGUGUGUUCAAGCGAUUAAUCAGCGGUUAAUAGUGUGUGCCAGCGGCGUUCCCAGCCCUCUAGCGGCCGGCCCGGGAAUCUGUCUUGGUCUGACGUUCCUGCCUUACCGCGGAAAGUGAUUUAAAUGCCCGUUAUCGUAAACAGUGGUCGGGGCCGGUGCUGCUGGUGAGUGGCCGGGCCAGGCACAUCGCCUCUGCAGUCCCUGCCGCCCCUGCCGCCCCCCUCCUCAGCCUGGCCGGCGUGUUGGCGCGCGAGGUGACCCGGGCACCGCUGGCGGGGGCGGCGGCCGGCGGUGCGUGAUGCCGCCAUGUCCGCCUGGCGAGUGUGGCAGCUGGUGGGGUGGCUGGUGCCCGAGCGGCGCGGCGCCCCCGACCAGCAGCAACAACAGCAGCAACAGCGGCAGCAGCGCUCUCGUGCUGCCCCGAGGGGGUCACGCUCCCUCUUCACCUCCCCGACGCACGGGCUGGCCCCCGCCGGGGAGGACUCAACCCUUCUGCGUCGCAGCGUGAGCUGCCUCGAACACCAACCCGGCGGCCCGGCCUCCCCAGCGACCCCGGCAGCGUCUGGCGCACCCACGACAUCUACGACUCCUGAGAACCCCGCAGACCCCCCAACUCCGGCAGUCAAUGGCUCAGUCGUGCCCUCUGAGGCCUCCACAACUUCCGUGGUUCCCACAGUACCCGCACCCCCCACAGCACCUUUGGUCUCCGAAACUUUACCAACUUCCGCGGCCUCCACGACCCCCAGUGCACCCACAACCCCCGCCGUCCCGGAACAACCCUCCCGUCGGGCGAGCCGAUGCGGGGUCGUGGAGGGAGCGCGAAAACUUGCCUCGUCGGCUACGCUUCCUCGAGCUCACUCCAGGCGGCGGUCGCUGCCGGUGUCGUCCGAGGAUGGCGGGUGUCGCUUCAUGCCUUUCUCCAGGAGGAUGUCGGUGCAGCCCUCGGGGCGGCGACACGCCUCCUCUCAGGUACCUGGCACGCACACCUGGACCAAGAAGACGGCGAGUGAGAGGACGCUCAUCAUCGCCAACGGCGUGGGCGGCCACAGCAAGCAAGAGGCGGCCGCCUCGCCCGUCGCGCCCAUCACCCGCUCAAACCUUUCUCUCCACCUGGCCUCCAACGGGUCGUGUGUGGCCACCGUCGGCAGCCUCACCUCCCGCACUGACAAAUCGGUGCCUGAGGAAGAGACCGAGGCGGCGCCCUGCCGCCCGUGGGAGGCUUUCGGUUGCCGCACAUCGACCUUCAAGUCGACAGAGAGUCCCGUGUCUCCCGCAGCGACUCCUUCCACCACUGCCGCCACCGUCGCUGCCGCCGCCGCAAGCCUCAGGUCAAACCUCAAACCCAGGAGUCAGAUAAGACGAAGGCGGUCUGACUCCGGCCACUCUGUAACCUUCGACCUACCGGAGGACUGCGACAACCUGGGGGCGGCGCGCGGCGGGCGGGGCGACGCCGAGCCGCUGUCCAAGUGCAUGAAGGACCACCAGAACAUGCGAGAGCAGAGUGGCGGACGGGAGAAGCGGCGGCGUGACGACGACCCCCACGAAGAGGUGCUGACGUGGCUGUCCUGCGGCGAGUCGCGGCUGGGCCUAGCCGAGAGGGUGCCGACGCCCGGCAUCAGCUUGGCGGCGACCCCGUCCUCUGAUGGGCGGGAGGACCCGGCUCGCAGCCCAGGCCCGACGUGGCCCCCGACGCUCCCCGAGGUGGCCGCCCUGGCCGUGCUCAGCCCAAGCCUCGGGGAGUCCGCCGCCAGCCCCGGAGAGCCGUUGACCGUCAAGUCCCCAUCGCCCGCCGCCACCCCGCAGCCGCCCCGGCCCCCCACGCCCCCGCCAGCCCAGGCCUCCCUGGAGUGGUCUUCCACGGACAGUGGCGGGCCAGACUCCGGGUACUGGGGCGCCGGCGAGGCCCCGGUGGCCACGCGGCGGGGCGUGCGGGUUGUGUCCCGGGGCCGCGAGCUGCUGCUGCCCUACGCGUGCCUGCACCGAGGCCGCCUCCACCUGCGCAUCGUCAGAGGUGAGUCGCCGCAGCCCUCCAGCUGCCGGGCCCUCGCGGGGCUUUAUUGCUUCAUGUCGCUCAGGCCGGGGAGAGGCUGUCCAACCCCCCCCUCCACUCACUCCUCCCUCCCUUCCCACGCCACCACCCCCUCACCCUGCCCCGCCGCCCCCCUCCCGGCCCCGCCUCCUCCAAGACUCAACAUGACUGCCGCGUCCACUCGCCCGCCCUCGUUAAGGACGGCCCGGAAUGGACGCAGGCUGGGCGGCUACGCGACGGCCAGCACCUCCGCCACACCUGCCAGCGUCCACACCUGCGAGGGCGGGAAGGGAGAGGGCGUGCAUGGGCGUCGCCGGGGCCAAGACGAAAAUUGUCAGCCCUCUGCCCCCUUGGUGACCCCUGUGGGUGUGGAGCAACAGACACAUCCCCAUACACCCCACACCUCAUUUAGCAUCCCCAUAUACCCUACACUUCACUUAGCAUCCCCACACACCUCCCCCUCCCCCACCCUGGACCCAUGCCUUGCCUCCCCAUGCAGUAGCCAAGAAGUAGCAGCAGCUGAUGAGAGCAUUGCCCGCGGCCCCCACACGCUCCACCCCUCUGAGUGA